AUGAGCGAAUACGUCCAUUUUACGCCUCAUGAAAGAGAUUAUAUAUAUGACAUAUAUGGAGAUGAGAGGGAUCAGAUUUUGGACUUGAGACAAGACCAACAUUUAAAGUUGAUAAAGAAAAAGCAAAGUUGGUAUCUGGGGAGCGAAAAUAUAAUAACAGUCAAAAGCGACAAUAAAAAAGUUGAAGAUGUUAAAUCAAUGAUUGUAAACACAGAACUUGGUGUUGUUGAUAUUGGUAAAGAACAAUUAAUAUCUUCAAAAUCUACACCUACACCUACAUCCACGACCAUUACUAAUAGUUCUGGAAUAAAUGAAUCGAUGACUACUCAACAAAAAGAGCAUCAGCUUUCUAAUCAGGCAUCAAAUAAUUCAAUUCAGUUGGCAAAACAUGUACCAAGAAAUAGAAAUAAGCAAAAUGCGUUUUGA